AUUUUGUAUGUUUUUUCCCCCCCCUCAGAGGUUAGCGCCUACUUUCCUUUUGGCUGUGAACACCACAGCUAAUUCCGUGCAUUUCGGACUCAAUUGGAUACCUAACACAUUGUAGUGGAUUGGAUGAUCCGAUCGAUUACUUGCUUCUUCGUGUCCUGAUACGAUUUGCAAGGAGAACGCAAUCGGAUGUUUUCGUGUUUCUAGCCGGUUUGCAAGCAAAACAACACCAAACAAAAACAACCAUGCAUGGAGUCACAACUACAAAACGCCUGAGGGGCAUGUUAUUUGAUACAUGUCCAUAUUAGCCUACACGUGGCAGACACCGAUCUAGCGCCGCACCAGGGGUAUAUUCAUUAUGCCGAUUGCAACAGAAACAGGUUUACUCCAAAUGGAAAACGUUUUGCAAUGAAGUCUAUUGAAUAAAUUCAGGAUCAUAAGAUGGAUCAAGGAGGAGUGAAGAAGAGCAGGAGUAACAACGACAACAGCCGAGUUAAGCUCCUUCUGGGCGAAACGCCCUCAGAGAGAACCCCUCUCACUGGUGCUCCCUGCAGUGCCAUGUCCGUUGCUUUGGCAACCACCACCACCACCUCCUUCCUUCCAUCCAGCCAGCUGAUGCAACCAGGUGACGUGCCCAGCGGACUCAGUAACAGCCCUCCUCCCUCAGGUGAGGACCUCGCUUCAGCCUCCGUGGGCCUCUACCUGGAAGACCCAGAGCCUCCCGCCACAAAGCUCCUGCCCCAACAGACUAACACGUCCCUGGGCCUUGGACUCUUCACCCUUGGGGAUACCUACUCCCGCCUGGAAGACAGCAUCGCUGACUUCCACCGCUCCUCACCCAGCAUGGACUCUCUGAUCGGGGGCUCGGACCCUAACCUGUUCCCCAUGUCCAUGAGGACGGAGACAGACUUCUCCCGGGACCAGGACCUUAUGGAUAUGGACCAGGAAGGGUACAUUGGAAAAGACCAGAAACUGUUCAACGACAACACUCUGGAUCUCCUCCAGGACUUUGAGUUGACAGGCUCCCCCUCAGACUUUUACGUAGGGGACGACGCCUUCCUUUCCUCCCUGGCUGAUGACACUCUGCUGGGGGAUGAGAGCCAGGAUCGUGGGGUCUCCAACUCCACCUCCAAGCCAGCUGCUACUACGACCAAUAGUGGUGGUUUUAGCGGUUCCAACACCACCACAUUGAAUGGUAGCAAUCUACUAACAUGUCAGGAUGAAUCCAACUCCAGCACCCCUCUGACAGGCAACUCCCCGACCCCCAACACCUUUCCCGUGGUGAAGCUUGAGAAGGAAUCUGGCUUCAUCCAGCUGUGUACUCCAGGAGUGAUCAAACAGGAGAAGACCUCGGCCAUUCGUAGCUACUCCUGCCGAAUGAGUGGUAGUACCGGCGGCUCCACUUCCUCCUCCCCCUCAGAGCUGUCCAGCGCCAGCCCCAUCUCCAUCUGUGGGGUGAGCACCUCUGGAGGACAGAGCUACCACUUUGGAGUCAACAGCAGCAUCAACACCCCCUUGGCUUCCACUAGCAGUGGAGCUUCUCCGCAGAAGGACCAGAAGCCCUCUGUGUUCAGCCUGUAUCCUCCGUUGGUGACCGUAGGAGAGGCUUGGAACAACAGUAGCUAUGGGGACGGAGCUUCUGGAAUGCAAGGUCUCUCCAGCCCUACCUCCUCUUUCUCCAGCAGCUUUGCAAGUUCUACUUCCAGGCAGGGUGUUGGCGCUGCGUCGUGUACAACCCAGGGCAAGGCCGGGACCGCCCAUAAGAUCUGUCUGGUGUGUUCAGAUGAGGCGUCCGGCUGUCACUACGGGGUGCUCACCUGCGGAAGCUGCAAGGUGUUCUUCAAGAGAGCCGUGGAAGGUACGGUGGCAAGGGGGCAACACAACUACCUGUGUGCUGGGAGGAAGGACUGCAUCAUCGAUAAGAUCAGAAGGAAGAACUGUCCAGCCUGCCGCUUCCGCAAGUGUCUCAUGGCAGGGAUGAACCUGGAAGCUCGUAAAACCAAGAAGCUGAACCGUUUAAAGGGGGUGCAGCAGCCCACCAUGGCCGAGCUGACCCCCCGUCCGCUCCCAGAGGCCAGGUCGCUGGUCCCCAAGUCCAUGCCCCAGCUCACCCCCACCAUGCUGUCUCUACUAAAGGCCAUCGAGCCAGACACCAUCUACUCUGGCUACGACGGCACCCUGCCAGACACCUCCACCCGCAUCAUGACCACCCUCAACAGGCUGGGGGGGCGACAGGUGGUAUCAGCCGUCAAGUGGGCCAAGUCUUUGCCGGGGUUCCGGAACCUUCACCUGGACGACCAGAUGACUCUGCUGCAGUGUUCCUGGUUGUUCCUCAUGUCCUUCGGCCUGGGCUGGAGGUCCUACCAACAGUGUGACGGGAACAUGCUCUGCUUCGCUCCAGACCUCGUCAUCAACCAAGACCGUAUGAAGCUGCCCUACAUGGCAGACCAGUGUGAACAGAUGUUGAAGAUCUCCAGUGAGUUUGUCAGACUGCAGGUGUCCCAUGACGAGUAUCUGUGUAUGAAGGUUCUGCUGCUGCUCAGCACCGUGCCAAAGGAUGGUCUGAAAAGUCAGGCAGUGUUUGAUGAGAUCAGGAUGUCCUACAUCAAGGAGUUGGGGAAGGCCAUCGUCAAGAGGGAGGAAAACUCCAGCCAGAACUGGCAACGCUUCUACCAGCUCACCAAGCUUCUUGACUCCAUGCACGAGAUGGUUGGUGGGCUGCUCAACUUCUGCUUCUACACGUUCGUCAACAAGUCUCUGUCGGUGGAGUUCCCAGAGAUGUUAGCAGAGAUCAUCAGCAACCAGUUACCAAAAUUCAAAGCUGGGAGCGUCAAGCCCCUCCUCUUCCACCAGAAAUGACUGUGUGGUGCUUCCGCCACCAAGACACAAUGCCUUAAAAUCCCCUCACCUUUCCCCUGACAGAGGGAGACCAGGAAGAAGAGAGGACCGAAGAGGAGAUGCUGUUUUGGGAGAAAGUAUACAAAGUACAAGGGUUUGGGGAUUUGGGGAUGAAACAUGGAGGAGGAAGGAGAGAUUUGUCAAGAGGCAGACGACAAGAGGGAAAGAGCACAGAGUUUUUUUGUUUCGUUUAACAUCUAUGAUCCAGUAUGCAGUAUAACAGUAGAAAUAAAUGUCUUAAGUUUAAAGAUAAUCAAGGAUUGAAAUAAACUAACCAUGUUUUCUCAGGUGUAUCACCCUCAGAAUUUAACAAUAUCUAGAUUAAACAAGUAUCUUAUGUACAGAUUAUUAAGAUGCUAUUUUUUACAGCCACAGGUUUAUACAGUUUAUUACACAGGUAAUUUCUUACCUCAGCAAAGGUAAACACUAUAACUCUUGUGAUGUUUUCCCACAGGUUUAGCUACUGGGUAUUCCUCUACCUACUGUCGUGUUUAGAACCUGGUUGUAACAGAGUUGAUUAUCAAGUCACAUGACAUAAAACAUCUCGUUUUGUUUCGUUAACUGUCUUUACAAAAGCAUGUUUGCAUAGCUUUUAAAAAAAAAAACAUUUUUAAGUCAGGCAUAACAUUAUGAAUUUUUUUUUUUUGUAAUGUAAGCGUACAGUACACAAUUCACAGACCUAUCUUUGUCUACGUUUAGGCUACACGCUGGCUGCCAGGUUUACACACACACACACACCGUCGAUCAGAAAAAAGGGAGAGAAAAAAAGAUGUGCCUUUUUAGCUUGACGUCUGAUUUUAGCCGUUCUCUGACUGUCCGAGGACGUUCUUCUUUCACCAUCACGGUUGACCCUCAGUGUAUGUGAUUGUUUUCUUCCUGUUACAUGCAGUUUCAGUCAGUUUUCCUUUUUAAAAUGGCUGCCAUGUUUGUCUGUUGCUAUUGCAGCUCGGUUAUGGAUUCUCAGUUGUGAGAUCAAUCGAUCUAAUAAUACUCCCAAUCUACAUACAGUAUUCCCUUCCUGAUCUCUUGUUCACAUCUCUAUUUUAAAUACUAUUUUAGCACUAUGCCCCCCCACCCCUCUACUAAACUGAGAGAAUGUGAAAGUAAGUAGUAGAAAAGAUGUCUUUAACUCUAUUGGAUGUUUGUAAAAGGAAGCUAUUAAUUGUCACCAUUAACUUGUUAUUUUUGUCAGCAAAAUGUAACUGGGUAUUUAACUAGGCAUGUCAGUUAAGAACAAAUUCUUAUUUACAAUGAUGGCCUACUGGGGAACGCACAACAGAUUUUUACCUUGUCAGCUCGGGGAUUCGAUCCAGCAACCUUUUGGUUACUGGCCCAACGCUCUAACCACUGCCGUCAGUCAGUGAACUUCUUCCUGUUGCUUUUGUUUUAACUGUCGUUUUUUUGCCCAUUGUCAUUGUUGGAAUGUGUCGGAGAGAGAGAGAUGCGUCAGCCAAUCAAAAAUAGAGAGUUUGAGAACGCAUCGGUGGCCCCAAAACCAGGCCGGUUGCUAUGGUUUCCCUAACCGUAAUAUUUGAUGGGAGUAUGGCAGUUCUUGAAUUUAGUUGUACAGUAGUUCUUGGUCACUUUAGGAAAGGCAGAGGGCUUCAGUGUUUGGCCCUCAAUACUCUAUAUGCUGCUUUCUGUAUGAACACAGGUGUGUUUGAAUGGAUAGUAGAGUGGUAUGGGAAUGAAACAUGGGUAACUUGUCACUAUUGAUCCCUAAAGAGUCACUUAUAUUCUGGCAACAGUGACAUGUCACUGACAUAUCAGAUAAUUUGACCGUUUUACGAGACAAACCAGCGAUCCACAGGGGGUUCCAGAGAACUGCCACUGAUGGACUAGGUCUAGGACAACCUCUUAACCCACCGAGGCACCUUGCUUACAUCUUAGCUCUUUGUGUGUGUUUUACUAAAAACGUUUUCCAGUAAAGCACUUAGUACUAACAUCCUUCUCUGUCAUCUUGUGUUUUGCACUCAAACUGUGUGUCGUCCCAAAUGACACCCUUGUUCCCUUUGUAGUGUGUUACUUAUGACCAGAGGAGGGCUCUGGUCCAAAGUAGUGCACGAGAUAGGGAAUAAGGUGCCAUUUGGGAUGUAGCUUAGUUGAUGGAGGGCAUAGCUUAGUUGAUGGAGGGCAUAGCUCUCCAUCUUCUGUCCUCUGGGAGUUUCAGUGCCAAACUUGAACUUUCUCUUUUUUUUCAGGUUUGGAAAACAGUCCUCGUUUUAACAGUUGUCAGUGUUUAUUUCAGAAAAAGAUGAGGGAGAGAGAAAAAAAACAACUUAAAGCGCUUAUGUCCACCGUGGAUUGAGUGGAUUAUUACAGAAACUAAAAAGGUGAACUAUUGACCUUUUUUAGUGUUUUCAUCCACACUAGAGAUUCCCUAGCAUAAAUAUAGAUAGCAGGUUGACCCUAACAAACCCUUUCUAUACACAUGUACUUAGGUAGUUUAAUGAGUCCAACAUGAAUUUGUAAUAUGUUGUCACCAAAAACAUUUUCCUGCUUUGUCAUUCAUGUUUUGCUUCUGUGCAGAUUUUUUGUUCUUUCUCCCGUGAAACACAAACCAACCCAGGUAUCAAAAUGAAUGUGAAUCUCUACUAGGUCAGGCGGAGAUGACUUAAGUUCUAGGGGGAGGGCAUAGUGUCUGCUGGUCCUGGAGGGAGGGCAUAGUGUCUGCUGGUCCUGGAGGGAGGGAGGGCAUAGUGUCUGCUGGUCCUGGAGGGAGGGCAUAGUGUCUGCUGGUCCUGGAGGGAGGGAGGGCAUAGUGUCUGCUGGUCCUGGAGGGAGGGAGGGCAUAGUGUCUGCUGGUCCUGGAGGGAGGGAAGGCAUAGUGUCUGCUGGUCCUGGAGGGAGGGAGGGCAUAGUGUCUGCUGGUCCUGGAGGGAGGGAGGGCAUAGUGUCUGCUGGUCCUGGAGGGAGGGAGGGCAUAGUGUCUGCUGGUUACUUGUCCUAACUCCUGGCACGUAUUUAAUCCAUUACUUUUACUAGUUGCUCUGAGAGGGCAACAUACCUGGUUAAAUUCAGUCACUGGUUUAAAGGAAGAGACAAAAAACCAGGAGACAUUCUAAAAAUGUAUGGUGAUGCCACACAUUUGAGGGGAAUUUGAGAAAAUUGUUAACCUGAGACCUGAAGCGAUUGAAUAGUUGGGGUGUUCCAACUUCUCACCGAACUGGCAUUAAAAAUACAAUGCUAGUUAUUUGUUGCCGUCGUUGCUCUAUUUACGUGUUGGAAAAAUGACUAUUUUAUUAUUUUCAUACACUAUGCCAACAUCUAAUAAAAAGCUAUACAUUAGUGAUUCUUAAGAACAACUAUACCAUACUCAGGUUGUUGUCAUUGGUUAAACAUGUAUGUGGUCAUCUAUGUUGAUGGAACAGUUUAAAACCAAAAACAUUCGGUUUUGAUUCCCAACAUUGUGUGUUUUUGUGACAUUCAUUAAUUAACAGUCAGGUUAAAUAAAAGCUCACCUGGCCAUUCAGGUAAGUUAGUUUCAUACUGGACAUGCCAAAGUCAUUUGAUGUUCUCACUACUUGGUUAGCCAUUGUUAGCUUCCCAAUCUAUCCUAAAGGAAAAUAUUAGAUUUUCUUUCAAUUGUGGUACAAACAUAGUUGAGCAAAACCAGCAAACUAGUUCUCCCGAUCUAAACAGCUCCUUCUGGAUUACUUUGACAUUCAGUGUGGCUACAAGUUGUUCUCUGCUGUUGCCUUUCAUAUAACCGGUAUGAAACCACAAACUACUCACCUCUCCUUAUCCAAAAAAUGUAUUGGGUCUCUGUGAAAUUGUAUCAUACAGUACAUUUUUGACAAGGAAAUCUGAAAAUAUGCAAUACGAAUUACAAAUACAUGACUUACUUGUUGCUCUAAACAAGAGCAUAUGUGUACUAUGUCAUUUCUUCUUUUUCUUUUACAAUAUAAGCUAUUUUAGACAGAAAAUGUUCACUUUAGUGAACUAUUCUCUGUAUUUCUCUGCAGGACAGAUUUUCAGGAAACCUUUCAAUAGUGUCAAUAUAUACCAUUUAUUUAGACAACACAGUUCCAGUAUAUUACAUUUUUCUAUCAGGUGGCCAAAGCAAAGUUCAGCAUAUUUUCCUGUCGUUUUAGUGGCUCGUGGAACGACAGACGUGCAGGGCUUUUCUGUUUCAUAACACAUUUUAUAUAUAUUUUCUUUCUUUUUGUAUAGCUUUGGUCAAAUGUUGUGUACUAAUAUUAUGAAUAUAGUAGUCAGUCAAAAAGUUCACAAAUCAACCAGUUUGAACCUAACAAUUUCCUCUGCCCCAAAAUAUUGUUUUGAAUUUCUAUUUUGUAUCAAACAUAUGCAGUCAUGAACUUCUGAAGGUAUUAUCAAGGGCAGAACGAUGAUUAUUCACUGGUAUAUGCUGUUCUCUGAAGCUUAUUUGUUUUGCUUGUACACAAUUAUGUACAUAUAAUCCAAAGUAAAGGAAAACAAUUUGUUGUGUUUCUCCCACAAAUAAUAAUAGUUUUCUAUAUCCUGUGUAUUAUUGCUAAUCUGUAGUAGGUCAUGUUGAUGCUUUUCCUUCCAUUAAAUGUUGGAACUACG